GAGGGAAAACACCCCGGACCACAGCAGAUCGGCUGCGCGGCUUCAACAGUGUGAUCGCUGCCGGGCAGCCUGCCCUUACACUGAGCGGGAGGAGGGCAUGGCACGGAAAGCGCGAACGGGGGUCACAGUCAAGAUCUCCAGCCAUCAGGCGAGAGGAGAGCUGCUCCCUCAGCGCGUCUGAGGCGCUCAGCAUCGCUCCAGCGAGCAAGAUGCGUCAACAGUCUUGAAGAUUGCUGUGAAUGCUGGAUGGCAGGUGGGAAUCGGAUUCCGGGUGCGCGAAGGGGAGCAGCUGUGGCGCAAAGUGUCGCGGGCGGGGGCUUUCUGAAUCCAACAGUUCCUCUUGAGAACUUCGCAAUAUGGAGACGCGGACUGAUGGAGGAGCGCCCAGUGUGAAUGAAGUAUCUGCUGCAGUGGCUGUGGGGUCUUCACACAGCAGUGGGACUAAGAACCGACAACUAGCUCACUGAAAUGUUUCGUUAUGUCUAUGAUUUGCUCCUGAGUGAUCAGUAAUGAUAUACAGUGGAACAAAACCGCACAUGAGGCGAGCAGGGGAAAUCUAUACAUAAUCUCCACCAGACACUGGAGACCCCUAACUGGACUGAGACCUCCUCCGCAACAGGACUCAACCUUCAAAGAGGGAGAAGAUGCCUUUUCACCAUGUGAGAGCAGGGUUGCUGUACACAGACAACUACCUGACCCACUCUCUCUCUGAAAUCAGUGAGGAGCAGCUAGCCAGCAUCUCCACUGAAGAGCUUGCUGAGAUCCGUGAGGCGUUCCGGGUACUGGACAGAGAUGGGAACGGUUUCAUUUCCAAGCAGGAGUUGGGCAUGGCCAUGCGCUCACUGGGCUACAUGCCCAGUGAGGUGGAGCUGGCCAUCAUUAUGCAGAGGCUGGACAUGGACGGUGAUGGACAGGUGGACUUUGAUGAGUUCAUGACAAUAUUGGGACCUAAGCUCAUCUCAAACGAGACCAGAGAAGGCUUUCUGGGCAGCACUAUAGACAACAUCUUCUGGCAGUUUGACAUGCAGCAGAUGUCUCUGGAGGAGCUGAAACAAGUCCUCUUCCAUGCUUUUCGGGACCAUCUAACCAUGAAGGACAUUGAAAAUAUCAUUGUGAAUGAAGAGGAAAGCCUAAAGGAGAACUCAGGAAACUGCCAGACUGAAUUUGAGGGAGUGCAUUCUAAAAAGAAGAAUCGGCAGACAUGUGUCCGCAAGAGCCUCAUCUGCGCUUUUGCGAUGGCCUUCAUUAUCAGCGUCAUGCUAAUUGCAGCUAAUCAGAUGUUGCGUAAUGGCAUGGAGUAGCCCCACCCACUGUGAACUUUGAGUACUCUUACCUGAGCUCCAUUUAACCUUCAUAUGGCAAACAACAUCUAGCCACAUACAAGGCAAACUGCAAAGAAAUAUAUUGAUACCCAUUUGCAAUCAGGCUUGAAGAAGUCUUUGGAUUUAACUGUGUGGUAAAACUCUUAAGACUUCUUUGCAUCCAGGUUUCAAGCAUGGAUGAAAUACCACUUUUUCAGCUCUACUGGAGCCACUACUUGGAUGUAACAAAAGACCCACACUGACAACCUAAUGAAACUACACUAAGAGGUGUUUACCCUCCCUUUAUCUCUCUGCCAGAGAGACACAAGGGCUCUUCCCUGGUGUCCCUUUAAUGCAAUAAGACCCAGGGUCCCUUUACCUGCAUUUGUGUGUUCAUUUGUCUCCACAAGCUGUGAAAGCAAAGACAUCUGUCCGGAUGAUAUCAGACUCCACACCAUCUGAGCUACGACUAAUGAGGAGGAGACUGAUUGCCAGCGGAUACCCACGAACAUCUCCCAUUGAAUUAAAUUCAUUUUCUGUUCACGCACGCGCAUGCUUGUGUAUUUUGUCCUUAUUGAAUGGAAGCGAGAAUAAACUUAGAGAGGAGUCACAUAACCUGUAUCAAAGCACACUGAAUAACAAAUGGGCAUUUUGUUUAACAUUUGAAGGCUUCGUGAAUGUAUAGUAACAAUUCUGACAUAUUUGGACAUCAACAAAGUUAUUUUCAUUUCAGCAGUCCACAGCAGUGUACUAGAGUUGAAAUAACCAUCAAAUAAUGAAUAUGAGCUCAAAGUGCAGGCAUGCCAUUUUAAUUUGUGGAUCUCAGGUGAACAGUGUAGAUAUCAGGUAAACAGUGUAGGAAUCACAACCAUUGUCAUACAUAAUCUCACCUUUAGGGGCUCAAAAUAAUUAGAUGAUUGGCUAAGAUGUUCUAUAGCCAGGUGUGUGUUGUUCACUUACAAGUAAGCAGAUAAAAUGUUUUAAAGUGAUUUUAAUUGUGGCAUUUGCAUUUGGAAUCUGUUGCUGCUAACUCUUAAUGAGAAGUCCAAUGAGCUGUAAAUUAAGCAAGCCAUUUUGAGGGUGUAAAUAAAAAAAAAAACAUCAGAGAGAUAGCUGUGGUGGAUGACACAAGAAUUCUUUCACUGGUAAAGAAGAAU